CAAGCCGCACAAGAAAAGUUCAGACUUUUACUACUAGUUGAGUGCUACGGUCGCAUCCAGCCAUUCGGUGUACUUUUCGGCGUGACAAAAUAAGUGACAACUGUGUUGAAUCAAGUGUUAAAAAGUGUCAUAUUAGGACGAUUAACUGUGCGCUGUGAAAUUCUGCGUUUGUGCUAAUUUGUGUUUGUUUUUUUGCGUUUGUUAACCAACAAUCCCCUGCAUAUGGUUGCUGAAAAUAUAUCCUACGUGUUUCUCUAGCCUGCCUUAUUUCCCCCCAUCGCCGAAAAGUUUCGAGAAUUUUUCGACAAGCCAUAAACAAGGGUCAGUUAGCCCUUCUAUCGGGCUCUGACCAUAGUUCGAAGCUAGACAUUGGACUGAUAAACUUCAACGGAGAACCACCCUGGUGACACGCGCUAUCGCUGGCUAAACCCCACCGAAAAAGGCUGCCUCUUCGCUUUUAUUGAAAUAUUUGAAACAAGGAUUUGGACACAAGCUUUCGCAUCGCAUUUCGGCUUUUCGCACUUGGUUACACUCUAUUGACACACACUGCAAGAGCGCUCUUAUCAGUUAAAUCAAUCACAUCCCCACUAUCAACAACAUGAAAUUCCUCGCUCAAGACGCCGAACGCAUGACGAUGGUCGAGACCGAACAGGUCAAUGUGCCAGCCAUCGUCGAGGAGCUGACCGGGCAGAUGCCCACCGAGGAGCCAUUCUACGUGAUGAACAUCGAUGACAUCGUCCGCAAGCACCAGAACUGGAUCGAGAAAAUGCCCCGCGUCGUUCCGCACUAUGCCGUCAAGUGCAACGACAAUGAGGUUGUCUGCGCGACGCUGGCUGCCCUGGGAACGGGUUUCGAUUGUGCCUCGAAGGGAGAGAUCGCGAAGAUCCUCGCCCUGGGUGUGAACCCAGAUCGUAUCAUUUUUGCGAACCCAAUGAAGCCGGCAUCGCAUCUGCGUUACGCCAACGCAAACAACGUUAAAUCGAUGACGUUCGACAGUGACAGCGAGCUGCUCAAGAUCAAGAAAAUUUGCCCGGAUGCCCAACUGGUGCUUCGUAUUCGCUGUGAGGCUGAGAAUGCCCGAUGUCCACUGGGGAAGAAGUUUGGCUGCGAUCCAGUGGAGGAAGCUCCACGUCUGAUUAAAAUCGCUCGCGGUCUCGGUCUCGAACUCGUUGGCAUUAGCUUCCACGUUGGAUCAGGUUGUGCGGACUUCCCUAUCUACUACAAGGCAAUCUCGUACGCAAGGGACUUGUUCGAUUACGGCCGAUCGGUGGGCUAUGAGUUCAACCUGUUGGACAUUGGCGGUGGCUUUCUGGGCGAUUCAGGUACUUCUAUCGAUGAAGUAGCGAUGAUCGUCAAUGCUGCCCUGGAUAAAUUCUUCCCGGAUAAAUCGGUUCGCGUUAUUUCCGAGCCUGGUCGGUACUACGUGGCGUCGGCAUUCACACUGGUCUCCAACGUGCAAUCGAAACGUGUUUGCCUGAAUGCCUCAAAUGGUGCCAUCGAUCGCAUGAUGUACUAUCUGAACGAUGGCGUUUACGCCUCGUUCAACUGCAUUCUCUAUGAUCAUCAAAUCCCCAAACCCAAGCUGAUCGGUCAACAGGCGGGUAAGCUAUACGAUAGCACCAUCUGGGGACCAACAUGUGACGCUUUGGAUCAACUCAUCGAAACCAUUCAGCUCCCAGAGCUGGAAGUCGACGAUUGGGUUGUGUUCGAGAACAUGGGUGCCUACACGAUCCCGGUGGCGACUCCCUUCAACGGGUUUCCGCUGCCAAAGAUCUUCUGUUACAUCAGCAAAGGGACACUAGAAAUUCUAAAAAGUGUGUACCCACUCACGGAAGAGAUUCUUUUCGACAAAACCGGCUCCGGACUUGUCAUCACCUACGAGAACCCGGUUUGCGCGUGAGCGCCUCCAUUGAAAUCAACUGAAUGAAUUGAAAUUAUGUCUGCAUUUUACUACUCAAAACAAAAUGUUUUAUUUUUGUCCAAAUGACAACAGAAACAAAGCUAUUGCAUUUCAAAUAUUCCAAUAAACGAAGAGGCAGCCCACUUGACUGCUCUAAUAUUAGGUAAAUAAAGUAUUAAUAUGAUAUAAAUACUCAAA